AUGGACCCAAGUUUUCCUAUAGCAGUAGACUACGAUGACAGCCCGGAUCGACUUCGACAGGAUCUACUCAGUCGCCUACACUGGAACGUUUUCGGCCCCCUCGAUGAGGUCGCUGUGCGUGACGGCACCACGCUCACGCCUCUCGCGCACCACGCCAUAAAAUCAGAAAGCAUCGCAAUUCCACCCCUCUCCAAAGUCACUGUCCACAUAAACGCCUGUCAGGAGAAAUACGCCGUGGAUGAAAAUGAAGAGGAGUAUCGAUACCAACCACCGGCUCCGCUAGUCAUCGAAAAGCCGGCCGGUUCUUCUCCCAUUUCGAUAAACGACUUUGUCACGCAAGUCCACCCUUUCUUGAACGCCCACCGGGCUGAGAUCUUCAAAUGCGAGGACGAAAUAUAUACACAGCCGACGACGCUAGAAGACGGCACUACAUUCGUUGGCGUCGACCCCGAUAAAUUCACCUCCCGUGACGGUGACGAUAGUGAUGAGAAUACUCACUUUUACCAAAGCGGCAACAUUCCAGCAGAAACCCGGUUUUUCUUC